AUGGGUAACCAGGCUCUUGAUGUCAAUGGAUUUACCAACACUGUAACCACCAACAAUCACAUCACCACUCGAGGCAGCGACUGGUAUUUUACUGUGUGCGCAGUCAUGUGCUUUUCAACUUUGGUCUUCAUAGGCCUUUCCUUCACCAAGCCCCGCUCUCAGCGCUUAUUCCACUACAUCACUGCUGGGAUCACGCUUGUUGCCGCCAUCGCCUACUUUUGCAUGGGUUCCAACCUCGGCUGGACUGCUAUUCAAGUUGAAUUCGAGCGCACCAACCCCAAGGUUGCUGGUAACAUGCGUCAAAUCUUCUAUGUCCGCUACAUUGAUUGGUUCAUCACCACUCCUCUUCUGUUGACUGACCUGUUCCUCACCUGUGGACUUCCUAUGCCCACAAUCCUUUAUACUAUCCUAUUCAAUGAAGUGAUGGUAGUUACGGGCUUGGUCGGUGCUCUUGUUCGUACCUCAUACAAGUGGGGCUUCUUCACUUUCGGGACCGUCUCAUUCUUCGUUGUCGCCUAUACCAUUGCCUUUGAAGGCCGUACCUAUUCUCGUGCUUUAGGUUCUGAUAUCUCUCGAACAUACACCACGUGUGGAGCUUGGACUGCUGCCAUCUGGCUAGUCUACCCCAUCAUUUGGGGUGUCUGUGAGGGCGGAAAUGUCAUCUCCAGUGACGCUGAAGCUAUUGCCUAUGGCAUCUUGGACCUUCUCGCAAAGCCUGUCUUUGGUGCACUUCUCCUCUGGGGUCAUCGCAAUAUCGAGCUCGAACGUCUGGGUAUUCAUGUCCACGACCCUACUGUCUCACCUCGCGCCUCUGGUGGUGUCCAAGAAAAGACCACCGAGACCGUCCCAGAAACAGCGACUUCUUCCACUCCAUGAAUCGGCAGGUGUUUUCUGCUUUCAAGACGGCAUUAAAAGGUAAC